CUUGGUGUAUUGAAUGCGCAGUCAGUCAGUCGCGGACAAACGCUCUCAUGGCUUCUGUGUAAUGUAUACCCGCCGCUGAGAGAGAGAAGCAGAAUAAGAAAGAUAAGAAUUUCAGAUACGCUUGGAUAAUAGGAGGCACUUUCCUACACAUUGGAAAAUAGUCUUCUGAAAGAAAUAAAGUUGUUCUCCACCCGUGCAUGUUAAAUCGGGGUGUACAUUAGAGCCGUGAGGCGGCUAGAACUUCUGAGUUUCAACGCAACACCAGCAAGAAGGCAUGAUUGUGCGACGGAGUCCAGUAUUUUCUGCUUUUUACCUUCAUGCCUUUUUGUUAUGCUUGCCGACGAAGGUGUCUGACGCAUCGGGGCACUUCGAGCUGGAAAUCGUAUCGAUGCAGAAUGCGAACGGCGAGCUGCAGAACGGCUCGUGCUGCGACGGCGCGAGGAACCCGGCGGAUCGCAAAUGCACGCGGGACGAAUGUGAUACAUAUUUUAAAGUUUGUCUGAAGGAAUAUCAAUCGCGAGUUUCCGCGGCUGGGGCUUGCAGUUUCGGAACUGGAUCUACGCCCGUUCUCGGUGGGAAUAAAUUUUCGACCAAGGGAACGCGGAGUGAAAAGUCAAGGAUUGUUUUACCCUUCAGUUUUGCUUGGCCGAGGUCCUACACGUUGAUAGUAGAGGCCUUGGACUUCAAUAAUGAGACCGCCAGUGAAAGUGGAAAGCUCAUCGAGAAAGCAUCCCACUCUGGCAUGAUCAACCCAAAUCGACAAUGGCAAAGGCUGACCCAUAACGGCCCCGUCGCCCAGUUUGAGUACCAGAUCCGGGUAACCUGCGAUGAACACUACUACGGCUUUGGAUGCAACAAGUUCUGCCGGCCACGUGACGAGUUCUUUGGACAUUACACCUGUGACCAGAAUGGCAACAAGACCUGCCUGGAAGGCUGGACAGGUCCUGAGUGCAAUACAGCCAUCUGCAGACAAGGUUGCAGCACCGAACACGGAUCCUGUAAGCAACCCGGUGGCUGCAAGUGUUUGUAUGGCUGGCAGGGUCUGUACUGCGAUAAAUGCAUCCCUCACCCGGGCUGUGUACACGGGACCUGCAAUGAACCCUGGCAGUGCCUCUGUGAAACGAACUGGGGUGGACAACUCUGUGACAAAGAUCUAAACUACUGUGGAACUCACCAGCCGUGUCUGAAUGGAGGAACAUGCAGCAAUACAGGGCCUGAUAAGUACCAUUGCUCUUGUGAAGACGGCUACUCUGGGGUCAACUGUGAACGAGCUGAACACGCCUGUCUGUCCAACCCAUGUGCGAAUGGAGGGACAUGCAAGGAGACCAGUCAGGGUUACGAGUGUCAAUGUGCAGUCGGCUGGAGCGGACCAUCGUGUGAAAUAAAUGUGGACGACUGUACGCCCAACCCAUGCAAACACGGAGGCACCUGUCAGGAUUUGGUCAAUGGCUUUAAAUGUACCUGCCCUCCUCACUGGACCGGCAAAAUGUGUCUGAUUGAUGCCAAUGAAUGUGAGGACAAGCCAUGUGUGAAUGCCAAGUCAUGCCACAAUCUGAUUGGUGGAUAUUUCUGCGAGUGUCUCCCUGGCUGGACGGGUCAGAAUUGUGAUAUAAACAUAAAUGACUGCCAGGGUCAGUGUUUGAAUGGAGGAACUUGCAAGGAUUUGGUGAAUGGUUACCGCUGUCUUUGCCCUCCUGGCUACUCGGGGGAACACUGUGAGAAGGACGUGGAUGAGUGCGCUAGCAGUCCCUGCCUGAACGGUGGUCGGUGUCAGGAUGAAGCCAAUGGAUUUCAGUGCCUGUGUCCCGCUGGCUUCUCGGGUCAGCUGUGUCAGCUGGAUAUCGAUUACUGCCAGCCCAACCCAUGUCAGAACGGGGCGCAGUGUUUCAACCUGGCCUCGGACUACUUCUGCAAAUGCCCCGAUGACUACGAGGGUAAAAACUGCUCUCACCUGAAGGACCAUUGUCGAACCACAUCAUGCCAAGUGAUUGACAGCUGCACUGUUGCCGUGGCAUCCAACAGUACGCCGGACGGGCUGCGAUAUAUCUCCUCAAACGUCUGUGGCCCUCACGGACGCUGCAGAAGCCAGGCUGGAGGCCAGUUUACCUGCGAGUGUCAGGAAGGUUUCAGAGGCACCUACUGCCAUGAAAAUAUAAAUGACUGUGAAAGUAACCCAUGUCGCAACGGUGGAACUUGCAUCGAUAAGGUGAACGUUUAUCAGUGCAUUUGUGCUGACGGUUGGGAAGGAGUUCACUGCGAAAUCAACAUAGAUGACUGCAGCUUGAACCCCUGCCUGAACAAGGGAGCAUGUCAAGACCUGGUGAACGAUUUCUACUGCGAAUGUAGAAAUGGCUGGAAGGGAAAAACCUGCCACUCCCGUGAUAGCCAAUGUGACGAAGCCACAUGCAACAAUGGAGGUACAUGCCAUGAUGAAGGCGACAUCUUCAAAUGCAGGUGCUCACCUGGCUGGGAAGGUGCCACAUGUAACAUAGCCAAGAACAGCAGCUGUCUGCCCAACCCAUGUGAGAACGGAGGCACCUGUGUGGUCAACGGCGACUCCUUCAAUUGCGUCUGCAAGGAAGGCUGGGAAGGAUCCACCUGCACCGAGAAUACCAACGACUGCAACCCACACCCAUGCUACAACAGCGGGACGUGUGUGGAUGGUGAAAACUGGUACCGUUGCGAGUGUGCUCCCGGUUUCGCUGGGCCAGACUGUCGCAUAAAUAUAAAUGAGUGUCAAUCUUCUCCCUGUGCAUUUGGCUCGACCUGCGUAGAUGAAAUUAAUGGUUACCGCUGCCUUUGCCCACCUGGAAGAUCAGGACCAGAGUGUCAGGAAGUUAUUGGGAGAACCUGCAUUGCUAAUGGACAAGUAACUGCUGAUGGCAGCAAAUGGGAGGAAAACUGCAACCUCUGCCAAUGUCAAAAUGGAAGGAUUCAGUGCACCAUGAUGUGGUGUGGACCAAAGUCAUGCCGGGCAGGAAAGACCAGAGGUGGGUGUCCUGCUGGCCAAUCCUGUGUUCCCAUCAAGGAAGAGCACUGCUUCGUCAAACCCUGUCCUAGUCUGGGAGAGUGCUGGCCUCCUGCACCCCCUCCACCCUCCAAAUGCCACGCCAGCUUCUCUUACCAAGACGACAGCUGCGCCAACAUCACGUUCACCUUUAACAAGGAGAACAUGCCUCAAGGCUUGAGUGUGGAACAUGUAUGUAAUGAGCUGAGGCACUGGUACCUGCUGAAGAACCUCACGGCAGAGUAUGCCGUGUCCAUCACCUGUGAGCCAUCUUCUUCAGCUAGCAACGAGAUUCACGUUAGCAUCUCCACAGAAGAACCCAGGUUGGACAGGAGCCCUAUUAAAGACAUUACAGUUCAAAUCAUUGACUUGGUGAGCAAGCACAAUGGUAACAGCACUAUCAUCAAAGCUAUCACUGGCGUACGGGUUCACCAGACACCAAGCCCCAAAACUGACUACUUGGUUCCUCUGCUCAGUUCCAUCUUCAUCGUGCUCUGGAUCCUCGCCCUGGCCUCGGCCUUCCUGUGGUGCAUUCACCGCCGACGGAAACAGAACACCCACGGCAACACGACUACCUCAGCAACAGAGGACAAUACCACCAAUAACGUGCGCGAGCAGCUCAACCAAAUCAAAAACCCCAUCGAGAAACAUGCGGCCCACGGCGUGGCCAUAAAAGAUUACGAGGGGAAGAACUCCAUCAUUGCCAAAAUUAGGACGCAUAACUCUGAGGUGGAGGAAGAGGAGAUGGACAAACACCUGCAGAAAGCGCGCUUCACCAAGCAGCCGGCCUACACGUUGGUGGAGCGGGAGGAGCGCGCGCCCAACAAAAACCCAAAUUGGACUAACAAACAGGACAACAGAGACUUGGAGACGGCACAGAGCUUAAACAGGAUGGAGUAUAUCGUAUAGCAGGCAGCUGUGUUGCCGUGCGACCGAACCCCUGUUGCACUUACCGGUCACUUGGCAGGGUCUCGGGGGUGGGGGUUGUGCUUCUUAAAACUGUUGCAUCAUGUUCUGGACUCCAAGGCUGUUAUUUGCCUAGAAUCCUGUGUUAAUUUAAGUUUCGACAAGCUGGCUUCACACUGGCAAUUGAUAGUUGCUGUGGACGGCUAGAAAACCCAAAUGCUGCGUUUCGCAUCCAGUGUUUUCCUUUGUAAAAGAGAAAAAAAAAAAAAAGUAAAAAAAGAAAACGUACACAUUUCAAAUGUCUAUAUUUUUGUGGAUACGUUUGAGUAUCUCAAUGAGUCUGAAAAGUUUGCAUAGUGUUUGCAAAUAGUGUUAUUUUCGUUCAUAAUGACAAUGCUCUCACAGCUAAAGUAGUUGUUUCUUCCUUAUCCAGCGGCUGUGUGGAAACUCUCUAGUUGGUUUUAUUUCUAGUUCUGAACUGAAAGUGCCUUCACAGCUACGCACCACAGCAAUUGUCGAAAAUGAGUAUAAAAAGAAAAAAAGAAAGAGCAAAAAAAUUAUUUAUUAUUUUUCUUUUCUUGGGGAGGGAUAGGUCGGUCAGCAUUUUGCUGCCAAUAUGAAGAAUUGUCAAUUUAGUGUAGAUAUGUAUAUUUUUUUUAAUUAAUCACUGUGUAUAUUUGAUUUAUUAACUUAAUAAUCAAGAGCCUUAAAAUAUCAUUCCUUUUUAUUUAUAUGUCCUGUCUAGUUUUGAAGGUUUUGAUAGCUUUGAUAGGUUUUGAAGCCUAUAGCUUUGUUCGGACGACAUUUGUUUCAUGUUUCACAUACCAAAAUUUCAAAGAGGAAAAAAAGCAGUCUAUUUUUUAGGAAACAAGACGGGCAUUUGUGUGCCUGAGAAUUUUCUUUUUUCUUUUUAUACAUUGUCAGAUAUUUCAAUAUUUGUAUUUUGCCAACUCUUGCUUGCUCAAUGCAGGUGAUAUCAUCAUCAUCAUCAUCAUGGCUGCUUUUUGUUUGGAUACUUGUUGGCACACAUGGCUUGCCACAGAUGAAAAAGAAAAAAAUAAAUCAUUAAAAAAAAUAAAAAUAAAAGGGAACACGAGUCUUUUAGUUGCUUGUUGGUAAACCUGAUUCACACAAAUCAUUUCUCCUCAGCUUCGGUUUGCAGUAUGUCAUAAGCUAGGCUGUGAAUACUUGAACAGUAGGGGGCCAAUGGAAACACUGUAGAUGACUGCCUUGCUUUCAGGAGUCCAUUUCUAUUGCUGUGCACAUGUAGUGUUCUUUUCGUAAUUCUUUUAUAUUGAGGCUCUCUAAAACACCAAACCGACAUGCUUAUCACAUUUGUAAAUUCUCUGAGAUCAUGGCAAUAUUCAAUGUUCAUAUUUGACCUUAUUGUAAAUUUGUUUUUGUUUCUUUUUUAGUUUGUUCCUGGCAAUAUUUUUGAAUGUUAUAUUUAUUAAACAUUUUGUAUAAAAGGAAAA